CUUUCCACCUCCGCAUUCCCUUCAUCCCUCCGCUCCCAGCUCCACCGCCCGCGGGACCAAGUUCCGGCGGCGCCAGAGGUGGGCGCCCCAAACAUCUGGUCAAAACACCUCUGCAGAGACUCAGAGCUCUGGUUUCCUACCGAGACGGCCCGCGAACCCAACUACCUAAAGCGAGCAAACACUUCUCUCUAAGGGAGUCGCCCAGCGCCCUUCCAUUCCCGCGGGGGCGGAAGCGGAAGUGCUCGUGGGUCAUAGCGUUUUCUGGUUCCGGUUUCGGGGCCGCGUUCGGGGCUAGAACGCCUCUCCGCCGCCGCAGCUGCCCACCGCCGGCGGCUUCUAUUUCCGGGUGCGGCUCCUGUCCUAAAGCGGAGACCUCCCGUCCAACGUGGCGUCGUGGGUCCUUCGCGCCUCGCCUGGGGUCAGCGCGCAAGGACGGGCGCGGGCGGGGUGCUCGCCAGCCGGCGGCUGGAGCCGGGCCUCGGGUGCCGGCCCGCACGAGCACCUCUGAUUUCUCAGGACGGGCCGGCUUUUGAGCCCUCGCGAUUGGAAGCCCCCGAUCCGCAGCUUCCACGACUGCAGCUGGAGAGGACAGACCUCCUGGCCCCUGCCUCUCCCCCAUGGUCACGCUCUGCCCUGUGAAGUGCAGCAUUUGCAAGUCACCCCUUCCCUACACGGCACUUCCACCCAGGUCCUGCCUUAACGUCCUUCUUCCUUGAGACCCGUCCCUUCUGCCUCCAGAAGUGGUCUUUUCUCUCCCAGUUCCUGUAAAAAUUGAGAAUUAGGAGUUUCGGAUAUCCUGCGGAAAGAUUACUUUUAAGACUGAGUGCCCAUUGGAUACCCCAAACAAGUUCAUGCUUACUAGGGGCAAAGUGAAACCCAGUGCACGCAGAAAACUAUGGCCGAGCACGGGGCUCACAUCACAGCUGCUUCUGGGGUGGAUGACCAGCCAUCCAUCUUUGAGGUGGUAGCACAGGACAGUUUAAUGACAGCAGUGAGGCCUGCUCUUCAGCAUGUGGUCAAGGUUCUUGCAGAAUCAAACCCUGCCCGCUAUGGCUUCUUUUGGAGGUGGUUUGAUGAAAUCUUUGCCCUGCUGGAUCUUCUGCUCCAGCAGCAUUAUCUGUCUAAAACCAGUGCCUCAUUUUCUGAAAACUUUUACGGCUUAAAGCGGAUUGUCACCGGGGACACACACAAGCUUCAGAGACUGGCCAGUGCUGGUCUCCCAAAGCAGCAGCUCUGGAAGUCCGUUAUGUUCCUGGUUCUUCUUCCCUAUCUGAAAGUGAAGCUGGAGAAGCUGGUUUCUAGCCUGAGAGAAGAGGAUGAAUAUUCUAUCCAUCCCCCUUCUUCCCGCUGGAAACAAUUUUACAGAGCCUUCCUGGCAGCCUACCCAUUUGUUAACAUGGCCUGGGAAGGCUGGUUUCUUGUACAACAACUUCGAUACAUCCUAGGAAAAGCUCAGCAUCACUCACCUCUACUUAGUCUGGCUGGAGUUCGGCUGGGUCGACUUACAGUUCAGGAUAUACAAGCCCUGGAGCACAAAGCAGCUGAAGCCAGCAUGAUGCAGCAACCAGCCAGGAGUAUUAGUGAGAAGAUCAAGUCAACUCUGAAAAAAGCUGUGGGAGGUGUGGCCUUAUCCCUCUCUACUGGCCUGUCUGUCGGUGUAUUCUUCCUGCAAUUCCUUGAGUGGUGGUACUCGUCAGAAAAUCAAGAAACCAUCAAAUCACUGACUGCUCUGCCGACUCCUCCACCACCUGUACACCUAGACUACAAUUCUGAUUCUCCCCUGUUACCCAAAAUGAAGACUGUGUGCCCACUGUGUCGUAAAACCCGGGUGAAUGAUACUGUUCUUGCCACCUCUGGCUAUGUGUUUUGCUAUCGCUGUGUGUUUAGUUAUGUGAGGACUCACCAGGCUUGUCCCAUCACAGGUUAUCCAACAGAAGUACAACAUCUAAUUAAACUGUACUCCCCUGACAACUGAAAGGGAUUAGCAUCUUACCUCGCAGGAAAAUCAUUGCCCAGAAGGCCACAGGGCUGUUUUUCAGCAUGGUACACGGCGUUAUUUGGUACUUCUUAGCCUCAAUUCAUAAUUAAAUGAAUUUUUAAAAAUUACAUGGAUUUCUUUAAAAGGAUAUACCCAUGGAUUUAACCUUCUAACCUGCUCUCGAGGCCCCAAUUUAAAGUUAACCAAGCUGAUUAGAGUAAGAGAAUUGAGGGUCAGUAUAGAAGUGGAUAAAAGAGGAUAAUCAGUACAGAAGCUUUUCCUUAAAGAACGAAGAAGUAUAGAAGCUCUCAGGAAAAACCCAUGUUAGACCUCAAAGUGGGUGGUGAAGGGGAAGCAGACCUUGUAUUUAGAAAAGUUUUCACUUGCCUAUGAGGAAGAGGUUUUAUCAGUUUACAAUGUGAAAAGUGGGCUUACUCUUGAAAAACAAUCGCUCCUUCUAUAUACUGUGACCCAUUUGUUAUGUAAUGUCUGCUGUAAUUUAUCAACUUCUAAAGAUUUCUUUAUGAGUCUUUCUUGGGAAACUGGUUAAAGGAAAAUUAAGGUGAAGUGUAUAUAUAGAUUUUGGUGAGAAAGCAAAGCUAAUAAGCAAUGAAGAGAUGAAGUAAAGCCGAGGUGGUGUGGCUCAGUGGUUGAGCAUCAACACAUGCACCAAGAGGUCACCGGUUCAAUUCCCAGUCAGGGCACAUGCCUGGGUUGUAGGCUCAAGUCCCCAGUGAGGGGCAUGCAGCAGGCAGCCAAUCUCUUAUCAAUGUUUCUAUCUCUCCCUCUGCCUUCCUCUCUCUAAAAUCAAUAAAUAUUAAAAAAAGAUGAAGUAAAAUACUCAUCUAUGUGUAAAGAAAGGCUCCUUUAAUAAGCCCUUUCUCCUUGCUAUUAAGAGUUUGCUUAUCUGGCCCUAACCGGUUUGGCUCAGUGGAUAGAGCAUCGGUCUGUGGACUGAAGGGUCCCAGGUUCGAUUCCGGUCAAGGGCAUGUACCUUGGUUGCGGGCACAUCCCCAGUGGGGAGUGUGCAGGAGGCAGCCGAUCCAUGUUUCUAACUCUCUAUCCCUCUCCCUUCCUCUCUGUAAAAAGUCAACAAAAUAUAUUUAAAAAAGCGUUUGCUAAACUGGCAUGAAUAAUUCUGGCUAUUACUAAAGUUUCUAUGAAACGCUCAAAUACAUUUCAAGAAUAAAUGUUUUUUGGCAAA